AUGAAGAUCCAAGACAAAUCGUUCGUUAUCACUGGAGGCUGUGGUUCCAUUGGAGGAACGGUAGCGUGUCACAUUCUUGCGAAAGGUGGUUACGUGGUGGUAUUUGACGUUCUGCCCGUGGACCAAGGGACAGCAAAGGUUAAGUCCUACCACCCGGACCGGGCGUUCUAUAUACAGGUCAGUAUCGAUAAUGCAGAGAAACUCGAGGAAGCCUGCGCCGAGACUCUACGGAUCGUACCAAAGGGCUCGCUAUAUGGAGCCAUCCAUGCUGCUGCGAUCGCACCGGGCAGAAAAUGGAGCAACAAACUAAAAGAUAGCAUUUCCGACUUUGCCAGAGUCUUGCAGAUCAACGCGUUUGGCACAUUCGCCGUCAAUGCUUGUAUUGCUGACGCAAUCAAUUCGCAAUACCCAGACGAUGGUCCAUUUGCCCCUCGGGUCGAAGAGGAGAGAGGCUGCAUUGUUAACAUAUCUUCCGCCGUUGCCCACCCCGUCCCAGCAAGAUGUAUUACUUACGGUCCAACGAAGACUGCGGUGAUCGGCAUUUCACAAGGUAUGGCCGACUUCCUGGGUCCAUAUGGCAUUCGUGUCAACACUGUCUCUCCAGCGGUAGUGGCUUCGUCCAUUAUGGGACCUGACCGGAUUCCUUACUUCAAAUCUGAGCUUGAGGCCGGCGCUAUCUUCCCCCGACGAGUAUCUGAGCCAGAUGAGGUGGCCACGGGCAUCGUUUUCUUGUUGGAGAACUCUAUGAUGAACGAUUAUGAGCUCCGAAUCGAUGGUGGAUGGAGAGGCGGCAGCAACUGGGCUGGACCAAAAGAUCCACGAUCCAACGCUCUUUCUUUGGAAUAG